CAGCUCUCCAGACCUCAGGCCUGAGCGUGCGGCCCGCGGUGCAGACUCGCCGCGCGCCCGGGGCGGCCAAGACCCACACAGGUUUAGGAGGCUCCCGGCUGCGUCCUCAUCUUCGGGGAGCGCAUCUGGGGCUGGACUCGCCUCUCGAGCCCCUCGCGCCUCUCGAGCCCCUCGCGCCUCUCGUGCCCCUCGCGCCCAGAGAGAGACCCCGCCGCCAAGGCCAACUGGGGGCCGAUCUCCAAGCUAAGGCGCAGAUAAAGCCAGGCUUGGCCAGGCCUAGGCUGGGGCGGCCGGAGAGUGGCCCGCGCUCGGGGUGGGGGAACGGGCGGCGGGCGAGGACCCGGCCCCCGGGAUGCCCUCAGCGGCCGGGGCCGAAGAGGGAGGCAAAACUGAAAGUGCCGCGCCGGGGGGCGGGGGCGGCCGGCGAAGGCCCCAGAGCUUGUCCUGCCCCCCGCCACCGCGGCCAAUCAGCGCGCCGCCCUCGCUCCUGACAACUAUUUAGCAACCCAGCCCGGCUAGAGUUUCCAAAAAAGUUAGAAUAACUUCCUCUCCCGGAGACCUCGGUUUUGCACAAGCCGGCCUUGAAACCAGAGCCUUUCCAGCAACUCCGAGAGCGUGUGCUCAGCGACCGCGGGCUUGGCCAGCGGCGCGCGCUCGGCGCCCCGGCGCCCCCAGCCCCACGCGCGCCGGGCGGGCGCCAUGGAGGAGGGCUCCAGCUCGCCCGUGUCCCCUGUGGACAGCCUGGGCACCAGCGAGGAGGAGCUCGAGCGGCAGCCCAAGCGCUUCGGCCGGAAGCGGCGCUACAGCAAGAAGUCGAGCGAAGAUGGCAGCCCGACCCCCGGCAAGCGCGGCAAGAAGGGCAGCCCCAGCGCGCAGUCCUUCGAGGAGCUGCAGAGCCAGCGCAUCCUGGCCAACGUGCGCGAGCGUCAGCGCACCCAAUCGCUCAACGAGGCCUUCGCGGCGCUGCGCAAGAUCAUCCCCACGCUGCCCUCUGACAAGCUGAGCAAGAUCCAGACGCUCAAGCUGGCCGCCAGGUACAUAGACUUCCUCUACCAGGUCCUGCAGAGCGACGAGAUGGACAAUAAGAUGACCAGCUGCAGCUACGUGGCCCACGAGCGCCUCAGCUACGCCUUCUCCGUGUGGCGCAUGGAGGGCGCGUGGUCCAUGUCUGCCUCCCACUAGCGCCGCGCCACCCACCUCCGGACCGGCGCGCCAGGGUUUGUGUUGGGGCCGUGUGCCUCUCUCUGCUGCCGGCCGAGGGAGACCCAGCACCUCUUCCUCAAUGUCCCUCAGAGACCCAGAAGACAGUGGUUUUUCCAAAGAAGCACCCUUCCUGCCAUUCCCAGAAAAAUAUCACCGUAAAAAUCCAGCAGGCCCUCCACACUGCCUCAAUAGAGGGAGACUGUCCCAGACACAGUGACUGGAAAAGAACCUCAGGUGCUUUGCCUCCUGUUUGCUCUGCGGCAUCAAUACAGCUCAGCAAAGUGCAUCAAAGAAGCCCCAGAGGAGGCUCUGCCUCUCAGGGGCCUGUGACAAUCGCAGGUGCUUCAGAUGCCAGAGAAAGCGGAGGUCCCCCGAGGAAGGUGGUCAGGGGCCAGCUGCUGUGCGUGGGGUCAGGGACCGCUGGAGGGGGCUUGGGUUGGCCUGGAGCUGUUCAGGCGAGGGACACUCUGGGUGUGGUGCCCCUGCCUGACCGGAGGGCCCUCCUGUGACAGAGGAGGGAGCAAGAGGAAGGACGCUGCUCUUGCAGGCAGCCGCUCCAGCACCCUGGCCCUUCCCUUGGUCCCCGAGGCCGAGUGGGCCUUGAAGCUCUUUGAUGAGGCUCAAGUCACCCAUCAGGUCAUGCUGAUGAAUGUCUGAGCGUGAGCCCAGCACAGCUCAGUGUUUGCCAAGGUUAAGGAAAGGAAGUGGCAACUCAGCAUUGAUUUCCUCCCCCUGGAUUUAAUAGCAAUAGAUCCAGCCGUGCAGUCAGGUACCACUUUAAAAGGCCCGGCUCAUCUACAGACGGCUUCCAGGAGAGGAUCACGCCAGGCUGCCGCCGAGGUUCGCAGAGGAAGCAGAACCAGCCGUGUCUUCGCGGAGAGAAGCCAAACGACCAUCUCGUCUAUCUCGUAAAGCAUCCUUCUGCUUGAGUGUCAGAGCUCUUUGAACAGCGAUACAACAUUACGUUGAGGCUGGGCGCAGUGGCUUACACCUGUAAUCCCAGCACUUUGGGAGGUAGAGGCCUGCAGAUCACCUAAGGUCAGGAGUUUGAAACCAGCCUGGCCAACAUGGUGAAACCCUGUCUCUAUUAAAAAUGCAAAAAUGAGCCAGGUGUGGUGGCGCAUGGCUGUAAUCCCAGCUACUCAGGAGGCUGAGGCAGGAGAAUCUCUUGAACCCUGGAGGCAGAGGUUGCAGUGAGCCGAGAUCCUGCCACUGCACUCCAGCCUGGGCGACAGAGCAAGACUUCAUCACUUGGACAAUCCGUCUGUGUUGUAUCAUUUCCUGAAAGUUGCAAAUAUUGUUCAAUGUUAAUUACAUAAUUUUACUUUUUCUGAGCAGAAAGAGGAAAAGGGAGAGUGAGGAGACAGAAAGUGAAGCUGGUGCAUUUCUGACUCCCCGGGCGCACCCACAGGGCUUUCUCGUACUUGGUUCAUCGCGAUGGGAAACCAUAAUUAACCAAUUCUGAGAACUUUCAAAUGCUUGUGACUCUGCGUGAUCAGUGUGACUCUCCACAACAGAUUUUGCAAUGAAUUUAAGUCACUGUUUCUGGAAUAAAUCAUAUGCGACUCUUCCCUUUAGCAAACUUUUGACGUGGUAUUUUUCUAAUUUGGGAAAUUGUAAUUAGCCAGAAACCAAAGCCUACUGACUGUGAGACGCAGGCUCGCUCCCCAAGUGAAUCUCUUGGGCAGAACCCAUUGUAGUCUCUGGGGUGUCCACAGUCAAGAAUGAGACUUGACUGAAGUUAAGCAAGGCAUGGGAGCACUUUUCUGCUCACCGCCUCGCAAGUUCCCAUAUGGUCCUAGGCAAGUUGUGGCCUCUCUGUGCCUCAGUUUCCCCAUCUGUGAAGUAAUGGACUAAGUUUCUGACAGCCCUCUGGCUACCAGGAUUCUAAGAGCCAGGAGGACCCGGUAAUCCCACUGUUAGGUGUAUACCCCAAAACGUUUAGAACAGGUGUUCAGACAAAAAAUUAUACAUGAAUAUUCAUAGCAAUAUUAUUCACAAGAGUCAAAGGAAUCUAAUUCAGUCAUAAAAACAAAUGAGGUCAGGCGCAGUGGCUCACGCCUGUAAUCCCAGCACUUCGGGAGGCCGGGGUGGGGGUCAGAUCACCUGAGAUCAGGAGUUCGAGACCAGCCUGGCCAACAUGGUGAAACCCCAUCUCUACUAAAGUUACAAAAUUAGCCGGGUGUGGUGGCCAGUGCCUGUAUUCCCAGCUACUUGGGAAGCUGAGGCAGGAGAAUCACUUGAACCUGGGAGGCAGAGGUUGCGGUGAGCCGAGACCUCACCGUUGCACUCCAGCCUGGGCAACAAGAGUGAGACUCUGUCUGAAAGAAAAGUGAAGUAUGAUACGUGCUACAGCAUGGAUGCACCUUGAAAACAUUAUGCUAAGCUCAAGAAGCCAGAUGACUAUAUAUCGUGAUAUUUGGGAUUUCAUUUAUAUGAAAUGUCCAAAAUAAGCAAAUCCUACAUACAGAAAGGAGACUGGAGGCUUCUCCGGACUCAUGGGAGGGCUGUGGGGGUUGAGUGCUGAACAGGUAUGGAAUUUCUGUUUGGAAUAGUACAGAACGUUCUGGAACUAGAUAGUGGUGAUGCUUUCACAGAAGGCGAAUGCACUUAAUUCUACUAUACUUUAAAAGUUCAAAUGAUAAAUUUUAUAUGUAUCUUACUACCAUCACCAAAAAAAAAAAAAAAAAAUCCUACUUCCCCCACUAUGCACAGCUCUGGCAACUGAGGCACUCAUUUGGGGGAGGAGGGGUGCAUGGCUAAGUGUUCACCCUUCCCUGGCUUUUCAGAGAUGUUAUCUAGUUCAUCCUUCUGCAUCGGUGCUUCUCUGACUAUUCUAGUUGUGCCUAGGAACAUUUUCCUUUUGACAUCUAGUUCUUAAUAUGUUUACUCACACACGUGUGCACACGCACACACACACACGCACACACGAGUCAAACGGUUCUGCUGGCACGCUGUUUCUUUUGACUGCCCUCUCUUUUUGUGACAUGUCGAUUAUACCUCUCAAAGCCUCUCCAUGGUAGACUGAGUUCACUCUGGGGGCUGGAGCCAGAGAGGAUUAAUGCCAAGGCUUGCAGUCAGCCCCUAGCUGAGAGCUGGGAGCAUUUGCCACAUCUGUAGUGGGAGUGCCUGGGACCUGACGGGAAGAUGCACAGAGAUGGCCUGUGAGUGCACAUCCCUCGCCUCCAUCGGCGGGCUGCCCACAGUCCAGGGUGCACCCAGCCACUCUGAAGACCACUUCAGGCUGGUUCUGGGCUCAGAGACCCUCAAGGGGCUGGUGCCUUGAUGGGAUUCCUGCUCUGUGUGUGCAGGUGCUGCUCCCAGAAGACAGGGAGAUGCCGGAAGGGUGGCAGUAGAUCGUUCAGCGCUGGGUGCUUGUUCUCCUUCGGUUGCUGUUUUCUUUUCUUCUCCCUGAUCUGUGCACCCUUUGGGUGCUCCUCGGCCACCUGUGUUUGAGACACUGUCAAAACCAACCACCUGAGAGGCUGAUUGCUCUCAGGGCUCCCUCAGCCAUGACCCCAUCCUGUUUCUUUUAAAGACAGCAUCACCUUGGUGACCUUAUGCAGUCAGAUUUUGAGACACUUCCAGAAACCCCAGAGAUGGUGUUGGGCUCCAGGACUGUGUGAGUUGUCAGCAUCCAGACGGAGGGCCCAGGAGAACACAGAGCACAUCCUGAAGGAUCUCACCAGGGCAGAGUUGCCAAAGCAGACAAGAACUCACGGGGUGAUGCUGCUGCUCCCCCGUUCCCGGUCCCAUUGCCAAGCAAAGAGAAAGCCACCAGUGGGGAGGGACAAAGGGAAAGAGAUUUCCCAAAAGCUGCAGAGAGAGAAAACUCCAGAUGGAGAUGGGAGGACAGGACGCUGGGGCCCUGGUGGCUUCCUUAGUUAAGUUGUGCAGUCGGCUUGACAGUAACAUGGGUCACCCUCAAGCCAGACACAUCUUGGUCUCAUGGCCCCAUCAGUCACCGCCGCAGGGGUUCUUCCCACAGCUGCCGAGGCAUAGAGCCCAGCUGCUUUGAUUCAUGAGCACAUUAUUCACAUUUGUAGCACAGCACGCUUGCUUUUCCUGGGGGACAAUCUGCUCUCCUUUCUGGCCACUUCUGCUUCUUGGCAACCACACUGGAGGCUCUACCAUGUCCACCCCAUGCUCUUCAUGUCUGGGGACCCUGGAGCCAGCAUUGCAGUGAGCGCAGGGUAACUAGAAAGGGUAUCUCCAUCAUCGAUUUUCCAACUGACUUUCAGAAGCACCAUUUGGAUGCCCUGAGCCAGGCCAUACCCUUGGGCUCCUGGUGUACAGUGUCCCUCCCUUGUCCCCUCCACUCCUCCUCCCAUUGGAUGCCCUGAGCCAGGCCGUACCCUUGGGCUCCUGGUGCGCAGUGUCCCUCCCCUGUCCCUUCCGCUCCUCCUCCCAGUCCUUCUCACUGUUCCUGAAGGCUAGAACUUGGUGUCAGAGCAUGCAUGGAGUCAGCGUCCCUUUUAUCACACUUGCCACCACCUGACUGCUGGUGGACCCCAUUUCAGACCUCCCACCUAUCCAUGGUCUUGCUUUUCAAAGUUUCAGUUUACAGUCAACCACAAUCCGAAGUUAUUAAAUGGAAAAUUCUAGAAAUAAACAAUUGAUAAGUUUUAACUUGCACAUCGUUCUGAGUAUCUUGAUGAAAUCUUGAGCUGUCCUGCUCUGUCCCACCUGUCUCUCUGUCAUCAGAUGGAAAAAACAUAUAGUGCAUGCAGGGUCCACGCCAUCCUUGGGCUCACCCAUCCACUGGAGGUCUUGGUGUGUCUCCCUUUGGAUAAAGGGUCUCCUGCAAUUUUUUCCCACUGAGGUGCCGUGGUCCAGGCCAGCAGGGAUGGUCAACCACAACUGUGGACGGAACACCACAGCCAUACCGUGGACGGAUCACAGCGGGGCCAUUAGGCUGCUAUUUUAGAGGUCACAGAGGUGAACACGCAGUGAGCUCGUGGCGUUUGCUGAUGCAGGCCCUUCCUACCGUCUGCUUCCUAAAGCUGACUGUUUCAAGUCCAGCAAUCAUAAGUAAAAAAGCAAAAGAAUAACUGGCUAAAUUAAAAUUCUGAACUUUCAUAUACCAAAAAACUAUGACAAUCAAAAAUUUUAAAAGAACCAGGAAGAAAAUAUUUACAAUUUAUUUUGCAAUGGAUUAAUGUUCUUACUAGAAAAAAAUGGCCUUUAAAAAAAGACAAUUACCUAGUAGAAAAAUAUGGGUAAAAAAUAUGAAUUCAUAAAAGGAGAAAUUCACUUGGCCAGUAAACGCAUGCAACGUUGAGCUUCAACAAUAUCCAAGGAAUUUGGAAUAAAACAGGAAGAUACUAUUUUUUAUUACAUUGGAAAAACAUAUAAGUAUAAUCUCCAGUAUUGGGGAAGGUUGGGGAACCAGGCCAUCCUACUAGCCCGAGGGAAGAAAACCUGCACAACUUUCCUAAAGGAAUUUUGACGGCAGAUAAGAAAAGAUCUAGGACUGGAAAUGCCCUUUGCACGAACAAUUCCAUUCCCAGGACUUACCUUAGGUGACUAAUGGCAGAGCUGCCUAGCAACAAAGACAUUUCACAUCAGCUUCAUUCACGUUAGUGGGAAAUUCAAAUGUCAUUAUUGGAUAAAGCAUGCUUUGUCCGCAGGCUGGAACAGUAUACAGCCCGCAGGUGUGUGUUGUCGGUGGAUGUUCAAUAGCGUGACGGCCGUGACGUGGAACGGAGCAGUCCAUACGACCUCAGGUUGGAGAACCGGCGUGUGUGCGUGCACGCGUGGGUGUUUGUCCUGAGACAGUGGCGAGAAUGAAUGUUUCCGGACCAUAAGUUUGAUGAAAGAGCUUCCUUUCCUUCCUAUGGGUUUGAAAAAAAAUUAUUUCUAGAUUUUCUACAAAUGCCCUGUAUUACUUCUGCAAUUUGAGAACACAAAUACAGAGGAGCCCAGUGCUUUGUAAAGACAGUGUGGAGGGCACAGGCUCACCCACUCUCCCUCCAGAAAACGGCAUCUACCCCCAGUCCCAUCAUAAGGCGGUGCCGUGAAGACACAGCUGCCUUCCGCUAGGAAUGUCCUCACUGGGACUCCCACUGGGGGUGACGACGAAGGCUCUCACUGAAGGAAUAGAAAAGAGUGGCCUGAAAAAUCUCGUUUUCUAUCUCCUGCCGCCUACACUAAAGACGCCCGUCCAUCAUUUUCACGGGAUGCCUUCACGUUAGGAUAAUUUGGAAGGUUGCAUCCGGAUGUAUCAGUGUGGCUGCCCGGUGCAGCUGACGCCAUCCUUUGCAGUGAGGGCUGAGUGGUCCCAGCUCUCC